UGGGAUUGUUGGAUAGCAGCGUAUGACGUAGGACGUAGGUGCUGUUUUGGAGGAGGAAGUGAAAGAGAAAUUCGGGGUAGCAGGUAGUUGGGUCGCUGGUUGGCAAUUCUUGAAGCGACGUGCCAAAUUUACACACUAAUUAAUCUGCCUCGCCUAUUUACAGCUCGGUUUUCUGUGAUUUCUUACGCAAAGAGGUGCUAAUUUUUUUUUCUAAAAAACUGAAACGAGGCAUUGCCAGGUUAACGCUAGCUAACGAGUUUAUUGCCAACGAGCUAGCUAGCUAACGUGACGCCUCUGUAGCCACUAACGCUAGCUGUCCUGAACAAUAACAGCUGAUUAGCUCGCAGCUAAGUCUGUUAACGUCAAGAAGUCUCCGCUCCGCUGUGCUACAAGUUGAAACUGUAUAAAAAUGACAUCCAGGAAGAAAGUGCUCUUGAAAGUCAUCAUCCUGGGAGAUUCUGGUGUUGGAAAGACCUCCCUAAUGAACCAGUAUGUGAACAAGAAGUUUAGUAACCAGUACAAAGCCACGAUAGGAGCAGACUUCCUGACCAAGGAGGUGAUGGUGGACGACCGGCUUGUUACAAUGCAGAUCUGGGACACAGCUGGCCAGGAGAGGUUCCAGUCUUUGGGUGUUGCAUUCUACCGUGGAGCAGACUGCUGUGUGCUGGUGUUUGAUGUGACUGCGCCCAAUACCUUCAAGACACUCGACAGCUGGAGGGAUGAGUUCCUGAUCCAGGCCAGCCCUCGAGAUCCUGAGAACUUCCCCUUUGUGGUGUUAGGCAACAAGAUUGACUUGGAGAAUAGACAGGUAACCACCAAAAGGGCACAGGCUUGGUGUCAGAGUAAGAACAACAUCCCCUACUUUGAGACCAGUGCCAAAGAAGCCAUAAAUGUAGAACAGGCAUUCCAGACAAUUGCACGCAACGCCCUCAAACAGGAGACAGAGGUGGAGCUGUAUAAUGAAUUCCCAGACCCCAUAAAACUGGAUAGGAAUGACAGAGCUAAACCUUCAGCUGAAAGCUGCAGCUGCUAAAAGACAACUUGGACCAUCUUCUCUCUUGGCUUUCUGAAAACACCAUGUCACUGGUUACAUCACUUGCUCCUCACCCCCAGGGAAAGGACUUUCCUACUGGUCUUCCUUCUUCAUGCCACACUUCAUUCCAUAGACACAUCCCCUCACACAGUAUGCUGCACAUGGAUGCACCCCUCCCCCACUUAGUACACAAAUUAAUACACUGGCGUACUCUUAUAAGAUACGCUGACAGAUCCAGUGCCCAAAGAUCAGACGAGAAGAAAGAUACCCCUACCGACCUCACAACCCCUGACCUGAUAGUGAGGGAUCUCUUGUCCCGCCACCUAUUUGUGUGACUGUGGCACCGGACUCUUGCACCGAGGGGUCAAAAUGGAGCCAUGCUCAAAGAGUGCAACUGGGAGCUUUUGGAUGGUCUGGCUGAUGCUUUGUAAUGUGAGACCCUGUUGGCUAACGUCAGCAUCCCGAGUAUCGUAUUGGCUCUUUUGUUUUGUUUGCCUUCCACUGUCUACCUGUCAACUAAUAAUUAAGUUUAACUCUAUAGAUUAUAUAUUUUAAAUUGGCUGAUCUUGUUUCUCAGCUCAAUCUGAAACACUUUUUUGGGGAAACUUUCUUGUGUUUUUGCCAUUAAAUGUUCGAGAGGGAUGACUGAUUUUGGGCAGUGUAUGCUACCGCAUGCCUUUAAAUGAUAUCUACUCACUAGUUUUCCCUGCCAACAUGCCAUGACAUUGUUGAACGCUUUGGUGAUUGUAUUACCUUUUCCCUUCAAGGUUCUGUGUUAAUGCCUCACACUGCAAAAGACAUGUUCCUAAGCAGACCUUAAGUUAAAGCUGAAAAUGCAGUUGCAGUGUAUAACGGAUUAAUUCAUUGAAAUAUUAAUCUUUGCCUUUUAUGUAACAUUACCUGUACUGCUAUUAUUACUGUUGUAUGUUAUGUACUUCAUCAGGCCUCUUUCAGUGCUAAGGAAUAUGUCACAAAUACAGCCUACACCUGUCUUCUAUCAUGUCUUUGUUAUUGCCGAUCUCCCUUUCUGCUUGUAGCUCAGGUUGGCUAAGUGCUUAAUAUUUUUAAUGGACUGCGUAAUAUAGUGUAUAGAUGGCAAAGGUUAAAGACUGAUGGAUUGAACAGAAAUUGAUGCUCUCUCUUUCCAUGUAGAGAAAAGAUUCAACUUCUUGCCCUGGUAUUAUUCCUCCUUAGAAAAAUAAAUUACUGCAAUGCCAAUGAUGUUGGGACGUCAAUUAAUAAAACUUGUGAAUAUA